AUGAAGGCAUCGUGGCUGCGGUGGUCCCUCCUCUCUCUGUUGGCCGUGCCCACGUUAGCCGCGCCCUCAGAGUCGGAGGCUAAGGCUGGCAAUCGACUAGAGAAGCGGCGGAGCGGCCGCGGAGUAGACCCCGAAGAGCCCUCAAUAUUCAAUGGACUCGACGUUCCUCCACUGCUUCAGCUGACUCCUGACAACUUCGCCGAGGUCACCAAAGAUGGAACCUGGUUCGUGAAGCACUACUCGCCAUCUUGCGCUCACUGCAGAAAGGCAGCGCCCCUCUAUCAGACCACAUAUGAAUACUACUAUACAUCUAAUCCUCUUCUUCCCUCAUCUGGAAGAUCUCCUGACCCAAAGUCAUUGAACGGCUUCACCAAUUACUACAACUUCCACUUCGCAUCCUUGAACUGUUUGGCUUUCAGAGACUUCUGUGAGAAACUUGGUAUCGAAGGUUUCCCGACCUUUGCGUUUUACGACGAGGGUGUCCAAAAGGAUAAACACGUGGGCGCGAUUUCGAUUUCGGAGUUGAGCAAGCUUAUCGAAGAGAAGCUCGAGUCGAUCAAGCCUGGGUCUCGUCCCCCGCAGGGCAUCAAACUCCCCGAGGUUGGCGCACCUAGCGUUGACUCGACCGCUGAGCCCGACUCCCCCGUUGCCAAAGACAAGGACCCCCAGGCUGGCGCUCUGGCUGGCGAGAAGCACAACGACGUGGUUGCCCAAAAGUCGUUGGAUGCACCGGGUGCAUCGGAGAGCGGCAAGCCCGGUACCGCUGGCGAUUCCAAGGCGAAGCACAAGGGACCUCCCCCCAAUCCGCAGGGUCUUUCGAUCCCUCUUACUGCAGAGAGCUUCCAGAAACUGGUGACUACCACCCAAGACCCGUGGUUCAUCAAGUUUUAUGCUCCCUGGUGCGGUCACUGCCAGGCCAUGGCUCCUAACUGGAAGGAGAUGGCCAAGGAAAUGAAAGAUACUCUCAACGUUGGUGAAGUGAACUGCGACAUUGAAACCCGCCUCUGUGCCGAUGCCCGAGUUGAAGCGUUCCCCACUAUCUACUUCUUCCGUGGCGGCCAGAGAGUUGAGUACACUGGUCUGCGUGGCCUCGGCGAUUUACUCUCGUACACAAACAAGGCUAUUGGUCCUGGCUCUGAGAUUGAGGAUGUCGAUGGAGCCACUUUCAAGGAGCUGGAAGAGACAGAGGAAGUUCUGUUCUUGUAUUUCUAUGACCAUGCAACUACCUCCGAGGACUUCAGGGCUAUGGAGCGCUUGACCCUCAGCCUGGUAGGUCAUGCUCGGAUUGUCAAGACUAGCAGCGCCGCUCUCGCAGAGCGGUUCAAGAUCUCCACCUGGCCUCGUCUUCUUGUUGUCCGCGAGGGCCGGCCAACCUACUAUAAUGCUCUUGCCCCCAAGGACAUGAGAGACUUCCGCCAGAUGCUGUCCUGGAUGCAGACUGUCUGGUUGCCAAUCGUUCCUGAGCUCACGGCCUCAAAUGCCCGUGAGAUCAUGGAUGGCAAGUUUGUGGUUCUUGGUAUUCUCAGCCGCCGCCGCUCCGACGAUUUCAAGCAGUCCAAGCGUGAAUUGAAGGAGGCCGCGUUCGAGUGGAUGGACAAGCAGAUUCAGCUCUUCCGGCUUGAGCGAUCGGAACUUCGUGAUGCUAAGCAGCUACGUAUCGAGGAAGCUGAUGAUCGCAAUGACCAGCGCGCUCUGCGGGCUGCUAAGAACAUGCGCAUUACCAUCCGUGAGGACGACAAGAAGCCUGUCGCUUUCGCUUGGGUGGAUGGUGACUUCUGGGAGCGCUGGCUACGUACUACCUACGGUAUCGACGUAGAACAGGGUGACCGUGUGAUCGUCAACGACGAAGAUAACCGUCGGUACUGGGAUACCGCUUCCAGUGGAGCUCCUGUCAUGGCCUCGCGUACCUCCAUUCUUGAAACCAUUCCUCUUGUCAUUGCCUCUCCCCCCAAGCUGUCUCCCAAGUCUACUAUUGGCACCUUAGAAAGCUUCUUCUUCUUCACCCGCUCUUUCCUCAGCAGCCACCCUAUCCUCUUCUUUGUUUUCUUGGGCAUCACUGUGGCUGUGGCCACCAUCCUCGGCCGCGGACGCCUCCUGCGCCGCGUCGCUCGUGGCGGCAUUAUCGGCAACACCAAUGGCGGCGGUAGUUUCUUCCACCUGGAUGGCAAGGAAGGAUUCUUGAACGGGGGCUCGGCCGGAAAAGUCGAUUGA